UCCGUGGUAGUUAACCAGAGAGGUCCCGUCCGAGAAAAUACCGAGUUCAUCCUGUCCUGUGUGGCACAAGGCUCAUCAACGAUGACCUUUCGCUGGUAUAAGAAUGGUUUCUUUGUGAACGUGACAAAGGCAACUCGAAACAUGUGGAUCCGUCUGCUGCCACCGGACUCAAGAGAUCACUAUACCGCCCUUUUGGGCAUUACCAAGGCGAGCCGGCUUGAUGAGGGCAUCUACACAUGUCAGGUAAACGACAUGGGAAUGCAGCAGUGCCGUUCGACCAAAGUGCAGAUCCUUGGCGCACCCCAACUUCGGGUGGAUCCUCCCAGUGUAACCGUUUUCCGAGGCGAAUCACUGCUCAUUCGGUGUCUGUCCCAGGACUCGGAUCAACAGUACGGCACCCUCGGGUACAGUUGGACAAAAAACGGUGCUCUCUUCCAAUCUGACCCGACCGCCGAAAUGUGGGAAGACCUCUAUCCGGACGGCAGCAUUCUGAAAGUGAAAAAUCUCCAGAAAUCUGUUGUCUACACCUGUAUCGUAUCGAACUCCGUUGCACCGAUAUCGAAGAGCGUCCACGUGACAGUGGUCGAACCGGGAACUGUUACGUUGUGUCCGAAGAUUUCGGACUAUGGCGUAAACUGGCCGGCGAGCGCAUCAGGGCCAGCAGUUUUGGCCGACUGCCCAGGACGAGGAGAAGGUCAAGCUAAGAGGAUCUGCGAGCAGCGAGACUUUGGGCGUCCGGAAUGGCUUACACCGGACUUUUCCCAGUGCGUUCCGGACGCUGUCAACGAAAUCGAGAGAGAGUUCCGGGGGCUUACGUUCGGCUACCAGAAAACCAACGGCACCAGCGUUCUGCAGUCGUGUCUGGAAUAUGCGAUGAACCACUACGCCGGAUUCUUGCCGGGAGAGGGCGGGGUGCUGCUGGAACUGCUGCAAGAG